AUGAAUAUUUCAACAGUGGAAACGGAUUAUGACUCAACGACAGAACCGUUAUACGAUCUGGCAGAGCCAUGCAAAAAGACUGAUGUCAAAGUUCUGGCUGCCCGGUUUCUGCCCCCGCUGUAUUCCUUGGUGUUUAUAGUGGGUGUGGUAGGCAAUGCCAUGGUCGUGCUGAUCCUCAUUAAAUAUAAGAGGCUCAUAACCAUGACCAACAUCUAUCUCCUCAGCUUGGCGUUUUCUGAUCUGCUUUUUCUUUCCACCUUUCCAUUUUGGAUUCACUCCGAAUUGAAGGGCGACUGGAUUUUUGGGAACGGCAUGUGCAAGCUUCUUUCUUACCUCCACACUCUGGGUCUGUUCAGCGGCAUCUUCAUCAUCAUCCUCUUGACAAUCGAUCGGUACCUGGCUGUCGUCCAUGCCGUGUUCGCUUUGAAAGUCAGGACCGUCACUGUCGGCUUUGUGUCGAGUGCUGUCUCUUGGAUCUUCGCUGGGCUCGCUGCUCUUCCGGAGCUCAUCUUUCAAACGUCUCAAAGGAAAAGCCUACGCCCGACAUGCAGUCUUUACUUUCCACAUGACACUGCAGGGGCAUGGAAAUAUUUACAGGCUUUAAAACAGAAUAUCUUGGGAUUUGCCCUCCCCCUACUUAUUAUGGUGGUGUGUUACACGGGAAUUAUAAACAGGCUGCUAAGACGGAGGAGUGAGAAAAAGGUGGUUGUUGUCCGACUGAUUUUUGUUAUAAUGCUCAUCUUUUUUAUCUUCUGGACCCCCUACAACCUUGUUCAACUCAUUUUCGCUUUUCAAGAGUUCUUUUUUGAGAAUGAGAACGAGUGUGAGAGAAGCAAUCAGUUGGACAUCGCCCUGCAAGUGACGGAAGUCAUCGCCUUCACCCACUGCUGUGCCAACCCUGUGAUUUACGCUUUCGUUGGAGAGCGGUUUCGGAAAUACCUCUGUCACUUCUUCCAAAGGCACAUUGCUGCCAACCUAUGUAAGCGUGUUCCCUUCUCCCCUGGGAAGAAACUGGAGCGGACGUGUUCCGGAAUUCCGUCCACAGGGGAGCAGGAGCCCUUAUCUGAAUUUUAG